CGGAAAAUGUCUCUGUCAAGCGAUUUAAUGUGCAUAUUACAAGAUCCAUCACUUAGUGAUAUCAAAAUAAAAGGAAACGAUGGAGAAGAAAUAAACGCUCAUCGUUUGAUAUUAGUGGCGCGUUCAGAAGUAUUUAAACGUAUGUUAUUAAGUGAAAUGAAAGAAUCUACUCAAGAUGUAAUAGAAUUUCAAGAAUUUUCUUCGAAAGCUUUGCAAGUUAUUGUUGAAUUUUUCUAUACCGGAAAAGUAUCAAAAAAAACUCUAAAACCUGAAAUAGUGUUUGAAGCUUUAUGUUGUGCUGAUUAUUUCUUACUUGGAGUACUCAUGCUUCACAUUAUCAGAUUCGUUAAAAAUAAUAUGGAGGAUAAGAUGAAUAUUUUGUCAAAAAUUUUAUCCCGAAUUUUAGAAUCAUCUUGUAGAGAGUUGGCUAAUAUUAUAUGUGAUCUAAUUGAUUUAGUUUCACUAAAGUCUAUCGAUUAUCAUAAUUUGAGUUCCAAAGCAUUGGAAUAUAUUUUAUUAUAUAAUCAAGAGGAAGAAACAAAUAUGUUCUCCCUAUCAUCAGGUUAUGAUUUAUUUCGAUAUAUCACAUGUUGGGCCGCGAGCGAAAUUUCAGAAGAGGUUUUAGCAUUUUAUGAAUUAUAUUUACCUUCUUCUGAAACUGUUAGAAUUCUUGAUUCAAGCGAUACACAAAAAUGGGAUCGUAAUAUACCUUUUAAGGAAGAGUUACAUAUAAAGUAUAGGUCCGAAAUUGUAACAAAGACAUCGACAUUACUUAAUUAUGUGAAUUUAGAAGUAAUACAUCCACUUGUAUUUUCAAAUGAACUUAUUAAAGAUUUAGUUGAUUCAAAUAUAUUGACAGAAGUUUAUCGUAAACAAGCUUUAUUGGCUGGAAAUUACUUUUCUAUGCUUAAAAAUGCCUUUAAGUGGAAGGUUAAAAGGUAUAGACAAUUGGAGAAUCCCUUUAUUUUUGACUCACAAUCUAAUACACAUGAAUGGGUUAGAACAAAAUUUCCUUUUAGUGGACAAGAUAUAGUUGAGUGGGAUAUCGUGGUUGAAAGAAUGUGUAAAUCUUUUUGGGUUGGAAUUUGUGCAGAUAAUGGAUUUAAUGUUAAUAACAACUCGUGGCUUGGGCAACACUCAUACGGUUGGGUUCUUGGAUCGAAUGGAUUUAUCUGUCAUCAUAAAAAAGAUAAGGACCCUUUCAAAAACAAGUACGGACAAAAGUUUAAUGAAAAAAGUCGAAUUACCGUACGUUUGAAUAUGGGGGAAAGAACGUGUUCUUUUACUAUUGAUGGAACCAGAUAUCCUAUAGCAUUUCGCGAUUUACCUGAUGAAGUUUAUCCUGCUGUGUCUUUAAUGUUACCAGGAGUGGCGAGAAUUGAACCAUUAUUUGGUAGAACUUGAUAACAUUAGUAAUAGUUACUGCGCCAUUAUUAUACGAUCA